AUGGAGGAGGUGAUGCGGUUCUCCCGCGCCUGGGGCGUUCGCGCGCUCACCGCCUUCGUCUUCUCCCACGAGCCACGAGAACCGGAGCCGGCCCAAGGGAAGGAAUUUGGCUACGUGCCUACGUGUAAUCGGCGACUCCUCGAGACUGCCGGUUUUCGUUCUCUUCAGAAGACCGCGAGAGAAGCCGAGGCCACACGGAACAGAUCGCAGCUCGACCUGACACUGGCAAUCAGGCAGGCGGAGGGACAUAGUGCAAUCAUGCCGGAACCUCGCUCAUAA